GCUGUUCUGCAGCUAGCUCUCCGCGCGCACCGCGUUUCCGCAUACUUUCCAGCAGAUUCACCUGCGCGUGUGCACGCUCAAAUAAAACGCCCAGGUGUUUAUAACAUAACAGAGCGCGAGCUGUCAUGUCGCCGUAACCACCGCUGGUUAACGUUCAUCUCAGCUCACAUGACGUGACAGGGACGGAUCGCUCUCUCGGUGCUUGUAGGUUUUUUUUUUUUUUUUUUUUUUUUAAACAUAUAUUUAUAUAUACACCGUGUGGACACCAUGAUGGCUUGCUGCACGUCAUUAGGUCUCGCGCUUUUCACCGCGCUGCUCCUGUGCUCACCGAGUCGCGUGCACGGCUCUCAGGGCGAUAAGGAGCCCGUGUACCGGGACUGCGUGAAGCAGUGCGCGCGCACCAACUGCACGGGCGCCAAACUGCGCGGCUUCCAGUCCGCUCAGCCGCCUUACAUGGCGCUCACGGGUUGGACGUGUCGGGAUGAUUGUCGUUACCAGUGCAUGUGGACCACGGUUGGACUUUACCAGGCCGAGGGCUAUCGAGUGCCUCAGUUCCACGGCAAGUGGCCGUUCGUGCGCUUCCUAUGUUUUGAGGAGCCGGCGUCAGCUCUGGCGUCACUGCUCAACGGUCUGGCGUGUUUACUGAUGCUGCUGCGCUACCGCAGCGCCGUCCCACGCCAGUGCCCCAUGUACCACACCGUCACCGCCUUCUCGCUGGUGUCGCUGAACGCCUGGUUCUGGUCCACAGUAUUUCACACCAGAGACACUUAUCUAACCGAGAAGAUGGACUAUUUUUGUGCAUCGGCGGUGAUCCUCUACUCCAUCUACCUGUGCUGCGUCAGGACACUGGGUUUGCGGCGGCCCGGUGUGUCCAGCAUCGUUGGAGUUUUGCUCAUCCUGGCCUUCACCUCUCACGUCUCCUAUCUCACCUUUGUUAGCUUCGACUACGGCUACAACAUGGCCGCCAACGCAACUAUAGGCAUGAUAAACCUGCUAUGGUGGCUCGGUUGGUGCUGGCAGAAUCGGAGGACAUUGCUAUACUGGUGGAAGUGCGGCGUGGUGGUGGUGCUGCUUCAUGGCCUGGCGCUGCUCGAGCUCCUCGACUUCCCGCCGCUCUUCUGGGUGCUGGACGCUCACGCCGCCUGGCACCUGGGCACUGUCCCCGUCCACUUCCUCUUCUACAGUUUCCUCAUAGACGACAGCCUCCACCUUCUCAACACGGAGAAGGCAGGAGUCAAGCUGGAAUAGGAGGAGCCUGUCUCGGAGCCCCGCCCCUUCCUCUCCCAUCACUCCAGUCAGGACGAGUCUGUGAAUUUCGAGUUUACGAAUUGAGUUUACACUUUUUAACCACUCUGCUACAGACGGCUGUGAAGAGAGUUUCUUUUGGUUGCUUUGCUCACGCGUGUUUGAUUUUUUUAUUAUUAUUAUUUGUAUUAUUAUUAUUAUUAUUAUUAUUAUUUUACAUUUAUCACCAUGCCUUUUUUUGCCUUUACUGAGCUUUGCCUUGAGUAGAAGAGCUUAGAGUUGGAUAUUUCGCCAAACUGUAUUGACAUGGUUUGUUUAAGGGUUAGGGGGUGGGUGGAUUGUUUGAGAAACUAUUGAAUUGACCUGGUGAAACACCAUCUACGCUUUUAAACAACGCACUCCAGGGUUUUUUUUUUUGCGGUCGCGGAAAUGAACGCAAACUCAAGCAAACACUGCGAUAUUCGGAGGAGCUUGCAAUUUUAUUUUUAUUUUUUCCAAAAUUAUCACAGAUUUUUCCACAGAUUUGGGUCCAAGACGCAUUUGGUGUUCGCUAAAAGGUCUCGUUUACCGACAAACAUGACCGCGAAAGAAACAAUUCUGUGCAGUUGUGUUUUUGCAAAAAAAAAAAAAAAAAAAAAACACACUAAAACCUUGCAACAUUUUGAAGAUUUAAAAAAAAAAUGGAUAAAUGCAAACAAAAAUAAUUAUCGUAAUUAUCGUAUGUAAUUUUUAGAAUUAUCGUAAGUUUAAAUUGCCUCACGGUGUAAAACCAGCGCCCACCAACUAUCGCACCAGCGAGUCCAAAAACACCAGCGAGAUGCACCAACAUUUCUAAAUAAAUCGUGUCAAAAUACCACGUUAACAUCAAUAACACACUGUUUUGACGUAUAUUUUAGUGCAAUGGUGCUGUAAUGUUUUUUGUUUUUUUUUUCUUUCUCCUUGGUGCUAGCUGAAGCAAAAAAAACCCACAAAAAUGAAUUUAGACGUAUUGAAGGGUAAAAGGGGUGGGGGGUGGCGAUAAUAUCGUGAUACGACUCGCAGACGAUAUGUUGGAGCAGCUGUAAGGUUUGCUUCUUUUCACUGCUGCUGUAUUUGCUUCUUUUGUAUUGUUGUGUUGAUUUGUAUUAUUGUUUUCCCUUCAUGAAGGAAUUUGAAGCGAGAUUUUCACCUGGAAUGCCUUUUAGAGUUUGAAACCAUGUGUGUGUGUGUGUUCCACGUAUGCCUUAUCCCAUCUUGUCCAACAUACAGUUGCUGUCUCGUGUCUUCACUGAAACUCCACUGUUUCCGUUGAAUGAUGUGAGUGCUUAUUUGCUCCCUGGGGAAUUAACACCGAUGUCAGCGUGUCUUUGUUCCAAAUUGCCACUUGUGCACUUUUGUGGAUGUGUGUGUGUGUGUGUGUGAGAGAGAGCAUGUUCAGCUGGCGGGUAAAUAUAGCCUUAGAUAUUUUGGAGUGCUCAGAGUGUGUUCAUAACAGUCACCAUGAGAACGCUGAAACACUGAGAGGAGUCGACCGGGUUUUGAUUCCAAUGAAAACACAACCAAAUCUUUUACACACACACACACACAAAACAUUUUUUUGUUUGUUUUUUUUUUGCACCGAACGAUGUCGAUCAGCCAAGAAGUGUUAAGAAAUCUUUUCUCAAAUAACGUGCUUGCUUCAAACUACAUCGUUACGCUCCGCAGUGUCGUUUUUUUGUUGUUGUUGUAAAUGAACAAUUGCGUUCAAUGGGAGGCGGGACUAGAGGGCGACAUGGACGUAUAAAAUGGCGUCUUCCAUGAACAUUGUUCCAGUUUGAGCCACACGGUGAGGUUGAAGAACUGAGGCAUCGACCAUUUUUGGUUGAAAUCGACUUGACUUCCACUAAUUAUGUUAGUGUACGUGGCUUUUUCUAGACCGGUCCAGAAAACCUUUCUGGAUUUUCUAGAUCAGUCUAAACGAAUCGAGCCAGCCUUGAACCCGUGAGUAGUUUUUCUACAUUGAUCGAGGUUCACGUAGAUUUUCCCUGACCUUUUAUCGGCCCGACGAUGUAGCUAGAGUUCGAUUUUAUUCCGAGUCUAGACAACGUAGCUACGUAGAAGAAAUCUUCACACACCCCACCCCACCCCCCCCUCCCGGACAUGUUUCGGCUAAUCAUCGAUGUUGUUUGGAUUAACGGGAUUAAAACUCAUGUACGUUUGAUUCAGAUUUUUCCACACGAAGUUGAGAAGUGAAAUGGUUGUUAAAAAUUGUUGUUGUUCUCGUGCACUCGGACAUAAUGAUAGUUUAAUAAUUUAUCAUUUUUUUCCACCUUGCUUGUCAAUCAUCCCAUUAAUACCAAGCUGCAAUAAAUGGCUUAUGGGUAAAAAUGAAGGUUAAAAUAAUCACUGUUCAACAUUUGGUCAAUUAAAGCCAUGAUACGUUUAUUUAUUUAGUUAUUUUCCCCAAUAAUUUUGAUAUUGCUCUUGGUUACACAAAUAAGUGUCAUUAACCAGCCCAAUAGAUCACACUGAUAUUACCCCUUUUAGUCUACUCACAAAAUUGAUUAAUCGCUACUAAUUGAUCAGGAACAGAUACAAGGACAUUGUAUUUUAUUGUAGCUCCAGCUAGCUAGAUUCAAAUUUAGACCGACCUGGCAAGUUUUUCUAGACCUGUCUAAAGAAAUUGAGCUAAAUGUAGAUGUGUUUCAAUUUAACUUGAUGUUUGUUAAUCCAGAAGAUUAUCUAGAAUUUUAUCUACAGUAUACAUUGACAGCAAUGGGAGUCGUCCCCCUCCCCCCCCCCCCCCCCCCCCCAAUUAUGUUUAUUAGAUUACAGUAGAAAAAAGGGGUUCAAUGUUAAAAUGCGGAGUUACGACUUGAGUGUCCCAACAGGUCCACCAGCCAAUAAGGAAGCUUGAAGGCACCAUGUUGUUGUUUUUUUUUUUGCCAUGUGCAUGUCCAUCACGCUCUCUUUUUUCUUUCUUUCUUUCUCCCUUCACUGGUGUGUGCAAAGAAGCUUUAAGAAAGAAAUAAAGUGGUUCUGUAUUAAAA